AUGACGGACAGCAGCACUACUACGGCAUCGUUUCCUUAUGUUCUCUGGACGUGGUACCUCGAGUAUCUCGUGUACUACGACCCUGCAUCCUGGGUUGGCAAAGCCGCGUCUACGUUUCGAAUCCUCGCCUUUCUGGCCAUAGCACCAUUUGUCCUGCUGACGCUGCUGGACGUGACGUCCUAUGUGAUCGCGAGGACCCUCGGCGUUGUGGACGACACCAAAGCGUCGACCAGCGAUUCUGACAAGCCAGAGUCUAUGCUUAAAGACAGCAACCCAACGAUACUCGUGAGCGACGAGUCCCACCAGGCCCUGUCGGAGUCCGAUUCCGGCAUGGACCCCAUCUCCCUGCGGGAGCACCGAGGACACAACACUCGGUUCAACUUGUCGCGCAAUAAACCCGACCUUGAAAUGCCCAAGGCCUAUUUCGUAACCCCCACGGAGGACAGUAUGAAAUUGUCUGGCGUUGGUGUCUUCUCUCCGGCUGGCUCUCGCCCCUCCUCCCCUACGAUCGAUCGACGACCGAAGUUACCCAUGUCAGAGCAGCAGCAGGGAGUGGUUAGGGAUGCAUCAUGGCAAGAAUCGUUGGGCUCCAGCAGCGGAGAGUCCUCGUACGUUAUGUGGGAGACUGACUCCAGCCCAGAAGAUGCUGAGUCUGCGCUGCGGAAGAGAACGAGGCCGGACGCAGAUAGCAGUCGGACGACGACAGCCGGAUCAUAA